UCAUGUGAAUUAUGUGAAAGAAAAUUUUUCCAUAAAAUGGCCUUAGUAAACCAUGUAAAAGCUCACGUGAAAGAAAGGCCAUUUUCUUGUGAUAUUUGUACAAAAACAUUUGCAUAUAAGCGAGCUUUGGUAAAUCAUGAAUUUCUACAUACGGACGGAUUUAUCGAAAAACCGAAUUAUGAUUGUGAUAUAUGUGACAAAGUAUUUGCAAAUCACACAAAUUUGAUAAAUCACAAACGAACUCAUACCGGUGAAAAACCAUUCACUUGUGAUAUUUGUACGAAGGAAUUUUCUCAGAUAGCAAAUUUAACCGUUCAUCAACAAACUCAUAGCGAUGAAAAACCAUUUUCUUGUGAUAUGUGUGAUAAAACGUUUAAAUACAAACGAACUUGGGAAAAUCAUAAUCGGAUUCAUAGCGGGGAAAGACCAUUUUCAUGCGAGUUUUGUGAUAAAAGUUUCACUCAUCAAGGAAAUCUCAUCCAACAUCGACGUAUUCAUACGGGAGAAAAAUUUUCAUGCGAUUUGUGUAAAAAAGUUUGUACAACGAAGAGUAAUUUGCAAAAACAUAAGCUAAUUCAUACUAGAGCGAAAGUAUUUUCAUGUGAUAUCUGUGAACAGACAUUUUCGCUUCAACACGAAGUUAUAACUCAUAAGCGAACACAUAUCGAACAAAAACCGUACUUAUGUGACGUUUGUGAUCGAAUAUUUACCUCGAAAAUUUCUUUACAAGAACAUCAACGCUAUCAUACUGGAGAAAAACCGUUUGCAUGUAAUUUUUGUGACAAAGCAUUUGUUAAACAAAGAUAUCUAGAUACUCAUAUUGGAAUUCAUACCGGGGAUAAACCAUAUUCCUGUGAUGCCUGUCAUCGAAAUUUCGCGCAACAUAGUACUUUGGUUCGACAUCGCCAAAAUCAUAUCGAAAAUAAUUCUGAUCAAAAAAGUUGUGAUGAAGAAAAACCAUUUUCAUGUGAUGCCUGUGAUAAAGUUUUCACCGAUCAAAAUAAUUUAAACGAACAUCAACGAUUUCAUACGGGCGAAAAACCAUUUGCUUGUGAUCUUUGCGAUAAGAUUUUCGUUCAAAAUAGUCAUCUACGUGUACAUAAACGAAUUCAUACCGGGGAAAGACCGUACACUUGUGACAUUUGUAAUAAAACAUUUGUGACUAUCGGAAAUUUGAAUAGUCAUAAAAGAAAUCAUACGGGGGAAAAACCAUUUUCAUGUGAUGUGUGUAAUGAAACAUUUGCAUUUUCAUAUGCUUUAAGUGUACAUAAACGAUCUCAUAUGGGAGGAAAAACUAAUGGAAAAAGAAAACGUACCAAAAAAUCCGAAUGAUUUUGAAAUGAUUGUUUUAAGAUAUUUCGUAAGGAAGCCUGAA